AUGCCCUCCUCCUACCCGCAGCGGGCCCUGACGGUGCUCCUGCUCUUCGGCACGCUGUCCGCUGCCAUGGCCCUGCUGGCCUCCAGCCUCAUCUUCCAGCUGCCGGCGGGGCGGCCGGGUCCCGGUCCCGGUCCCGGUCCCGGUCGAGGGGCGCUGCCGGAGCCGGCGGCCGCCGCGCUGCUGCCGGUCUCGGCCGUGCUGGCCGCGCUCUGCCUGGUGCUCAACGUGAGCUGCCUCCUGCUCUGCCUCCUCCACGGCUACUUCAGCACCGAGCUGUGCCGGGGGCAGCCCGGGCCCGACCGGGCAGACUGGUUCCUUCUGGACAGCCGGACAGUUCGCCACGCCGCCAUCGGCUUGUUCUGCUGUGGGGUCUCGGUCUACCUAACAGCUCUUGCCAUCUACAUGCUGCUGCUGUUCGAACUCGAGGCCGGUAUUGCCAGCGCCUGCAUCCUCUCCUCCGGCAUCAUCGUCCUGCUGGUCACGGUGACGCACGCCCUGGUGCGCGCUUCCCAGCUCUCCCGCCGCAGCCGCUCCGAGGUCUCUCACACCCUGUACGAGAACGACUCUGCCCAGCACAGCGAAGCCCCCGCCGGCGACCUCAACAACAAGAACGUGGCUGCGCCCCGGCCCGAAAUCCACCGAGAGUUUUCCUUCCCCCCUUUCCUGGAGCGCAAACCCCAGCUGGGAUCCCCGGCCAGCAGCAACCUCACCUCGUCGGGCAGCCCCGGGGCUCGCUCGGAGCAGGAGAGCUACAACCUGCCCCGCACGCACAGGACGCUGUCGGCAGAGUCGGCCCUGCUGCAGGCACAGGGCAAGCCCUGGAACGGCGUCACCCGCGAGAUGAGGAACGUGCUGGCGCGCAAACCUGGAACCUCGGGCAAGGACUCGACGCUGGUGUGA